UGAUUGAACUCCUUGUCGGGGCGGUUACAUUACAGAAAACGAGAACACCGCCCUCGGGGCACGCAGGUUUAAGAAAACAAACACAUCAACGUUGAUUACCCAUGACCGUUGCGAUGGCUGUUGCUGUAGUUGUGCAUGUUUAGUUAGCUUAGCACGUCAAGUUAGUAACAUAACGUGAAAUAACGUAGGUUUUACAUCAAUGAAGCCAUUAGACUCAGACGAGGAGGAAGCGGAGCAGCUGGGUGCUUACCAGAAGGAACUGAGACAGCGGGCCAACCAGAGCAUCCAGCAGCUGAGCAGUGCCCUGGAACAGCUGAACCCUGAUGGAGAAGAGGUGGAGGAGGUCAGAGGCAGUGAUGGCAGCCUCCUCUCCACCAUGGCUGAAGAGGACAAAGCAGCAUGGAGCCAAAAGACACAGAGCGAAGCAGUCAAUCAGCUGAAGAGCCUUCUACUGAAGCAGUGCAAAGAAAUUCCUGCUCCUCUCUCUCCUUCAAGGAAACAGUCUCCAUCUAAGAAGGUGCAACAGGAGGCAAGGUCCAGUUUGCCUGUCUUUCAGGAUUUGGUCCCUGUGCUUCACAACCAAUCAGAGUACAUUCAACACCUGGAGGCUGAGGUCAAACUCUGCAAGGAAGAGCUGCAGGGGAUGAAACAGCGGAUCAGGGUGGUGGUGGUGGAGAAUGAGAAGCUGCAUUCAGAACUCAAAUCUAAAGCUGUGGAUGAAUCUCUCAAAGAUUACACGAUCCACAACUCCACGGUGAAUGAGAGUGUGGCAACCAACAGCCACAUAACCUCGAAAAUAGGCCACAGUGUGCUGCAGAGAGCAGAACACACCACAUGGAAAAAUGAGCUGGAACAAUUGAAAGUGAUCUACCAGGCCCAGGUGGAAAGCUUGGAGGCUCAGGUCAUCUCCCUCAGGAAGGAUCUGUCAGUCAGUCAGAAGGAGUGUGAGGAGGUGAGGGUUCUUCUGAGACGCAAGGAGAAACAGGCCGCAGAUGCACUGAGGGCUGGAGGAGCUCCCUGCGUGGCGGGAUUGUGUCUGAAGUGUGCACAGCACGAAGCUGUUCUGGCUGGGACUCACACAAAUCUGCAUGUCCAGGCUAUUGACAGGCUCACAAAAGAGCGUGAUGAGUUACUGGUGGCUCUGCGUGCUGUGAGGGCUAGUCAGCAGGAGGCGCAGCAGAGGGAGUGGUCUGCCUGUCUCCAGGUCAAACAGGCUGUGGAGAUGGCGGAGGAAGCAAAUCUGCACAAAGCUAGGGUGGAGGUGCAGUGUGAGCAGUUGUCCAGGGAGCUGACUCGACAGAGAGAACAGCUGGAACGAGAAGCGCAGGCCUUGCAGGAGAGACUGACUGAGGCCAGAGAGGAGGGCAGGGCUGAGGCCCGGAAACAGAAAGACGAGCUGGCACAUACAGUAUCCAGCCUCUCCCAGCGUGUUGCUGAGUUGGAGGGGCAGCUAGACAGAGCUCACAGAGACAAGAGCUCACUGACCAAUCAACUGGAAGACACUCUUCGCAAAUUUACAAGUCAAGAACAAGACAAUACCAAGGUGUGUGUGGAGCUGCGAUAUCAACUCAGCCAGGCCCAGCUGAAGAAAGAGGAGGCAGAGAGAGAGCUCCGAGAGCUCAGCGCCAAGACCAGCAGACAGAUGGAAAAGGCUGCACAGGAAGUGGAAAGGCUGAGCUCAGAGCUGGUUGGCUGUCGGCAGCAUCUGGAGGCGGUCCAAAAGGAUGGGAGCCAAUGGCAGGCCGAAGCCCUGAGCCUAGCAGAACAGCUGGCAAAUGCCCAGCGCCAACUGCACCUCACCAGACAGGAAAGAGAGAACGCAGAACGGGCUCAUGAAGAGGAAAUGACGUCUGCGACCCUCUCAGCACGGGACAGGGAGAGAGAGAUGGCUGUGCUACUGGAGCGAAUCGAGGCUCAACACCAGCAGAGAGUUGGAGAAUUGGACGGUCUGCUGAGUUCCCAGAAUUCCCUGAUCAGGAAGCUGAAGGAGGAGUGCUGCAAACUGGGGGCCAAACUGGAGGAGCUGACGGGAAACAGCAGGAGUGAACUAGAACAGGUGGCCCUGGAGAAGCAACACCUUGAGGAGACAGUAGAGAGUCUGAGAGCUCGCUGCUCCGACAUGGAGGAACAGUGUGUCCAGCACGGUCGCAUGCACCAGCGCAUGAAGGACAGGCUGCAGCAGUUGGACCGUCACUGUCAGAGCAGCGCCCAGCAGGUGUGUGAGCUGCUGGCCAAACAGAACCAGCUGAUGCAGGAGAGAAACACACUCACUGAGGAGAUGCAGAACCUACGCAUAGAGUUCCCCAACACUAGACGAGUGGAUUCUCUGUCCACGUGAGUCUGUCCUGCCUCUUUCCUCUUCUUCAUCACCACCACUGCUCUGGUUCUCUGUUUGGAUCUAGAUGUUUUCACUGUCACUAAUCUCCUAUAAAACAGAGCACAAACUGUUAUUUAUGUUUUUUGUUUGUUUUACUGAGGGUGAAGUGCAGGGAGACAGGAACAUGCUGCAUAUCUUUUUAAUCAGAACUGAAAAAUCAGGUUUUCAUUUUAUAUUUUAUGCUUGGCAGUGGACCAUUAUUGUGAUGUAUUGGAGUGGUUAGAGGUACUAGGAUGGUGUAUUAAGAAUGCUUAAAAAAAAAAAAAAAAAAAAUUGGUGGUGCACUAAUUGGAUUUUGAAACAACCUAAAUUGAUAUUUUAAUACAAACUUUCUUGUAUUAAGUCUAUAGAUUUUCUUUUUCAGAAUAAAUAUCCUGUUUCAUAAUUCACAUAUAUUUAAAUUGAAAAGUUACAACUUUAUUCUGAAAAAUUUUCAUUUUCAUUUUAACUGAGCUCAAAGUGCAGGAAGUUACAAAUACUAAUUUUAGCCACAAAACAAAAACAAAAAGUCGACGCCAUCAAUGCAGAUUGACAUAGUGCUUUAUUGAAGCUGUCUGUAAGAAGGAAAAUAAUGUGCAUCCCUAUCAUAUACAUUUUAUGUGUAAAAAUACUUAGGAUGUACAGUGUAAAAAACAGCUUCAUGUUGAUGGUAAUUUGUUGUUUUCACAUCCUCGCGGCCUCACUGGCCAGCAGCACUGCAUCCUGACAGCAUGAGGGACAGAAAAAGGCUGUUUGAUCUGCUUUUCUGUGAAUCUCUGUGGAUCUGCUGAGUUUCCCGACACUGUCUCAGAGUCAACAUCGUCUCUGCUCCACUGACUUGUCAUAGAGCAGAGCUGACUUCGGUAUUACAGUGCUUUCGGGGAAACAUGGCCCGCUCUGCGAACAGCUGGAAGCUGUCCAGAAAUGUCUCACACAACUGUAAAGCUACAGUAGAUGGACAUGGACAUGAAAUUAAAAUUGUUACACUUUGUAGUAUUUGUACGUUUUGCCGUUUUUUGUUUGCGGUUUAUAAAUAAAUGCAUCUCAUGCUUGUUCAUGUUAAUAA